UGUGCCACCUGGGCCCGGAUCCCGGCUGCUGCUCUCCCACAGCUGCAGCCCGCCCUCUCCCAGGCAGAUGCCCGCCUGAGGCGGCCCCGGCGGCCUGGGACUAUGGCAGCUGGGGUAGCGACCUGGCUGCCUUUCGCCAGGGCGGCCGCUGUGGGCUGCCCCCUGGCUCAGCAGCCCCUGCCCGCGGCCCCCCAGGGGUGCGAGGCCCGCAGUGAUGAGGUGCUCGUGGUGAAUGUCAGCGGGCGCCGCUUCCAGACGUGGAAGAACACGCUGGCCCGCUACCCGGACACCCUGCUGGGCAGUUCGGAGAAGGAGUUCUUCUUCGACCCAGACUCGGGGAGACUUUGACGGGACCCGCCUUCGGCACGCCAAUUUUACCGGACCGGCCGGCUGCAUUGUCCCAGGCAGGAGUGCAUCCAGGCUUUCGACGAGGAGUUGGCCUUCUACGGCAUCGUGCCGGAGCUCAUCGGUGACUGUUGUCUGGAAGAGUACCGAGACCGCAAGAAAGAGAACGCCGAACGCCUGGCUGAGGACGAGGAAGCCGAGCUGGGGGGUCCCGGAGGGGCCGGGGCCGACUGGGCCCUGCCUCCCGGCAGCCCCUUUCGCCAGCGCUUGUGGAGAGCCUUUGAGAAUCCCCACACGAGCACCAUGGCGCUGGUGUUCUACUACGUGACAGGCUUCUUCAUCGCGGUCUCUGUCAUCGCCAACGUGGUAGAGACCAUCCCUUGUCGGGGUGGAAGCGGUGGAGCCGGCGGCCGGGCUGGUUGGCGGGAAGAACCCUGCGGGGAUCGCUUCCCCCUGGCCUUCUUCUGCAUGGAUACGGCCUGUGUGCUCAUCUUCACGGGGGAGUACCUCCUGCGGCUGUUUGCGGCCCCCAGUCGGGGCCGCUUUCUCCGCAGCGUCAUGAGUCUCAUCGACGCCGUGGCCAUCUUGCCGUAUUACAUCGGGCUCUUCAUGCCCAAGAACGACGACGUGUCCGGGGCUUUCGUGACCUUGCGUGUCUUCCGAGUGUUCCGGAUCUUCAAGUUCUCUAGACACUCACAGGGCCUUCGGAUUCUGGGCUACACGCUUAAGAGCUGCGCUUCCGAACUGGGCUUUCUCCUCUUCUCCCUCACCAUGGCCAUCAUCAUCUUCGCCACCGUCAUGUUCUAUGCCGAGAAGGGCACCAGCAAGACCAACUUCACCAGCAUCCCGGCCGCCUUCUGGUACACUAUCGUUACUAUGACCACUCUCGGGUACGGGGACAUGGUGCCCAGCACAAUUGCAGGAAAGAUCUUUGGCUCCAUCUGCUCACUCAGCGGGGUGCUGGUCAUCGCCCUGCCGGUGCCCGUCAUCGUGUCCAACUUCAGCCGGAUCUACCAUCAGAACCAGCGAGCUGACAAGCGCCGGGCCCAGCAGAAGGUGCGCUUGGCGAGGAUCCGAAUGGCUAAGAGCGGGACCACGACAGCCUUCCUUCAAUACAAGCGCAACAGGGACCUGGAGGACCAAGAUGGUGCCGAAAGACCGGCCCUGAGCACACGGAACCGCUCGGCUUUUGAACAGCAGCACCAUCACCUUCUGCACUGUCUGGAGAAGACCACGUCUCAUGAGUUCACAGAUGAAUCUGCCUUCAGCGAGGCAUUGGGAGUUGUUUCCCUAGGUGGCCACACCAGCCGCAGCACCUCCGUGUCUUCCCAAGCUGUCAUGGGAAGUGGCACCCGGGCUAGCGGUCUGAUUUCCUCCUGCUGCCCUCGGCGGACCAAGCAGCGCCGGGCCAUCCGCCUGGCCAACUCCACGGCCUCCGUCAGCCGAGGCAGCAUGCAGGAGCUGGACACUCUUGCUGGGCACCACAGCCCGGGACCCCAGAGCCGGGCCAGCCUCAACGCCAAGACUCGGGACAACCUGACUCUAAAUUGCGACAGUCAGGACCUGGUGGCGGCCAUCAUCAGCAUCCCCACCCCCCCAGCCAACACCCCAGAUGAGAGCCUGCCACAUUCGCCCACCAGCGCCAACGGAGAGGGGCCGGGAAGACCCUCUGGGGGCAGUGGUGGGGAGGCCCUCCGGAACUCCAGUCUGGGUCCUUCUUAUCUUCUCCACAACACUGUCAAAAUCUCCUCCCUAUGAUUGGGGUGCUUCCCCCUCCU